GCAGAGCAGCCUGUCCGGACACCAGGACGCACCUCUCCGGGCAGAGAGGCAUGAGGUCCCGGCAGGCAGCCCGGGCCGCUGCGGGAAUAUGACUGGAAGCAUAUAUUUAUUUUCUUCAGUGAUCGGACAUUUGAGAUGAUUUGAAGUGGGAGCGGAGGAGCAGGACGGGAGCGCAGAGAGAGUGUUUUUUGGAUGAGUGCUUCGCUUCAGUGUCUCAGACCUGAUCAAGUUUGAAGUCAACUUCAGAUCCAGUCACAACUCCAAAGAUUACACCAGUGUCUUUUUUUUUUUUUUUUUUUUUUUAAAUCCGAGUAGCUGAUUCGCAGUGACACGUUGUCGAAACUUUUUCGUCUCAGAGCGGAGCCGGAGAUGGAGCCGGAGGAGGGGAAGGUCUCCGUGUGGGUCUGCCGGGAGGAGAAGCUGGUCUCCGGGCUGACGAAGCGCACCACCUGCGCCGACGUGGUCCGAGUCCUGCUGGAUGACCAGAACCUGCAGCAGGGCGCCGCCGCCGCGAUGCUGUCCGGCGCCCCGCAGUCCUACUGCGUGGUGGAGAAGUGGAGAGGCUUCGAGAGGAUUUUACCCAACAAGACCAAGAUCCUCCGGCUGUGGAGCGCCUGGGGGGACGAGCAGGAGAAUGUCCGCUUCGUCCUGGUGAAGAACGAAGCUUCGCUGCCCAACAACGGGCCCCGCAGCGCCGAGGCCCGGGUGGUCCAGAGCCGGGAGAGCGGCGGACCGGGCGGGGUGCUCAAGGGCACCGCCAGGACCUGCUGGACCGCCGCGGCCGCGGCCGCCAACCUGUCCCAGGAGAAACAGAGGCGCAUCGUCAGGAAGGCUUUCAGGAAGUUGGAUAAGAUGAACAAAAAGAAAGAGCAGACUGUUUGUAAAGAUAAAGGCUCUGUGGAGAAGAUGGAGACGCUGGUCCACCUGGUGAUCUCCCAGGACCACACCAUCCGCCAGCAGAUCCAGAGGAUCAAGGAGCUGGACCGGGAGAUCGAGCGGUACGAGGCCAAAGUGCACUUCGACCGCAUCAAGAGACACGGGGUGAACUAUGUGCAGGACACAUACAUGGUGGACUCCUCCUCCCCCGAGGCUUCUUCGGACUGUAAGCGCAAAGCGGAGCGGCAGGACGCCCGGAGCACCGCGGAGGCGCUCGUCCAGUUCGAGGAGUACGCGCGGCGCUGCGAGGAGGUGGUGCGGCUGCAGGAGGAGCUGACGGAGCGGGAGGCGCUGGUGGAGAGCAUCACCGGGGAGAUCCAGGAGGAGCUCAACCGGCGCUGGAUGAAGCGGCGGCGGGAGGAGAGAGGAGCGGAGGCGGCCAGGGACGCGGACGGCGUGGCGGAGGACGCGUGCCUGGCCGCGUCCGCCGCUCCAGACGCGGAGCCAGACGUGGAAAGCUUGUCCGAGAACGAGCUGGUGCUGGAGGAGGAGAGGAUCAAAACGCAGCUGGACACCAGCCUGUACAUCGGCCUGAGGCUGAAGACGGACCUGGACGCCAUUAGGGGGGACUUGGACCUGAGUCUGGCACUCUGGGAGACCAAGGAAAGUGAACUGCUGGACCUGCUGGCCAAGGUGGAGACCUUGGAGAUAGAGCCGGUGAACGCCACGCCGACUGUGACUGAUGACGCGCAGGGGGAGCUGGGUGCAGGGAGCGCCGAGGCCGAGCCGGCGGAGAAGAGCAGCGGCUGGGUGGAGCAGGCCAGGGGUCUGUCCAAGACCUGCAACACCAACGACGAGGACUCGGACACGGGCCUGAGCUCCAUGCACAGCCAGGACUCUGACAACCCGCCUGUGUGCGAGUCCCUGGUGUAGACUCACUCUGCGGGACGCAUGCUGGACUUUUACGGAAGUCAAAGCCACAAACUCAGGGGCAGAGAAUCAGUGUUGGCAAUACUGGGAGAUGUCUCCUCCCUACCCAAAAUGCACCUGUAAUUCUUUAGCAAUAAUUCCUAUAUGUAGUUGCACAAUAAGCUAGGAGCAUGCUUAGAGAGGUGUGCUGCUCCAGAGCUGACCUUUGACCUCCAGGAGGAGCGUCAACAAAGUACCACUUACUCUGAGAAAUAGCCUAGAGGAGUAUUACGAUAAGACACUUAUAAUCUGUAGUCGUCAGUGGGAAACUAACCUUAAGGUGAUCACCGGUUUACAAAGGACUUCUCGCUGACUGAAAGGUGAGGCUGAGGGUCGUCUCAGACCUGGUGGCCAUAAAACAGGUUUCUUUUAAAGGGUCACCAUCAAGUGCACCGUAACGCACAGUAGAGUUCAGUUAGGUCAGCCGCAGACAUGCCGCGCAGGCUCUUCAGUCUAGCGAAUGCAGCGGCGAGGGUGGGCUCAGUUCACUUCAGCCUCCUCAGAGUAAAACCUGAAGUCCAGCAUCUGGGAACAUGAAGACUGUAGACUUUGUGAAUCGGAGCUGACGCGCUGAUUCCCGUCCUGCCCGCUCAGCAGAGUACAUCACUUGAUAUUGUCCUCAGCGUCGGUGUCUUUGAAGCACAAACAAGUCCUAUUUAUUUAACUCGGUGUCACCUCUGGCUCACCUGCCACACUCUGUCGAUCAGAUCGAAACACGAAACAUUUGAUUACUCUGUUUUUUUUUUUUUUUUUUUUUUUUUUUUUUUUCCUCCAUGAAUUUCUGUCUUGUUGUUUCAUGGUCACAUGAAGCAGUGGUUCUCAAAACAACAACCCCUCAUCGCAUGUUACACUGAGCAUUUCAAGCAAGUGAGAAGUGUUUUUAAUUUUUUUACCGGCUUAGAUUGUUAAAUGUUAAUAUUUAUGGAAGCCUAAAGAGGCAAAGAAAAAAAAUGUCUGUCUUAAAUAAUACACAUAAUUUUAUGGGGCAGGAUUAUUGUUUUGUUGUUCUGAGUUUAUAUUUAACCACCUUUACGGGGUCCUGGGCUCCUGGUUUAGAACCACCAGUUUAAAGCAGGUAAAAAGUCCAUUCAGUGUGGUAUCUUCACAAAACAAUUGCCAGAAUAAAUGUCACCAGUGCACAUUUCUGCAAAUCACAGAUACGUUUCAAUCGAUGUUUCAAACUGCGUUAGGGUUAGGAUGGAUCAUGUUUCGGCUUAAAAUACCGGCUUUCAUUGCCACAGAUGACAGGAGAUGCUCGACUCCUCGCCAAACUGUUUUUGUUGCCACAAGCUCAAUCUGGAAAUUAUCCUUAAAAAUACGCAGUGGUUUUCUCAUUUGCAAAUGUUUGAACUCACAGUCUGGAACUGUGGUCACUGGCUCGCCAACAUUCUCGCCUGCAACCUUCACCAUCACCCUGUCGGUCUCUCAGCGUGACAGGCCAUGAUAGUGUAACCUGAACGGGAUAUGAGGUUUUAUGGAAAUGUAAUGUGGUGAGCAGGCCGGUUACAUGUUGUAGUGUGAACGCAUCAGUGGUUUGCAGAAACAUUAACUGACUGAUGACUUCUCGACGAAACAAAUACAGAGAGAUCAAGUCGGACCCAAAACAUCAGCAUUGAGAAGAUAUUAGAGGACAGUAUCUGGCUGUGUCACAGGCCGAGCAGAACUUCUCAUGAGUGAACUUCAUGUGUAAAAUUGGUGGUGUGCCCCUUUAAAUCUGGGUGUUGAUCAUUGCAGGAGGCUUGUUUCCCUGAAAAGCAUCUUAUUUGACCGUCAUUGUUAUUCUAUAACAAAUACAAACAGUCUAGGAACAGAAAGAUAAUAUUUUAUUAUCAACACUGAGAAGUUCAAAAACAAGCCAAAUUCACAUCAGUAAUCAAGUAUUUUGGCCCCUUUAGCUUUCCGUAUUGAAGCGACUCCUUGACGCAGGUACUCUCAUCUCCUGAGUAAAUAAAUGCGACACAGAAUUAGCCGACUUACUGAGAAACACUUCAGCUAUCUGGGUUUUGACAAAGUUUCCAGGUCCAUCUGUGAGCACACACACCUGUAUGACUGGACUUCAAGAUGCUUUUUGGGAGAAGUGACCCCGUUUAUAAAUCCCCCAGCCCCUGCUGCUCUGAACACUGUGACAUUAGAGAAAACUAUUUUAAGCCUCGGCUCAGUUUUUUUUUUUUUUUUUCAUCCUGGAAAUAGUAACAGCAAAGCAUUAUUAGCCGUACUUCCUGGAACUGACAUAAACAACAAGCAACAGAAAAUAACCAGCAGCUGCCAGGAUUACACCACGUGGACAUCUUUAAGUAAAUCACUCUGUAUGUUUGUCAGGCUGUUGUGAUGUAACAUCUUACAUGGUGACUGUAAAAACAGUGAGAACUAAUAACCCUGUGACAACUAGAAGAGACUGAUGAUACUGUUCGUGUGGAGUUAGCUGUUAGCUGCAUCCGAAUACCAAAAUCACCCGCGUGGGGCUAAUCGAUGACAUUGAUCAGGGACAGUGUGGGCUUGACGUCUAGCCUUUGCUUCGUCUACGUCGAUGGCUGUGGACGGCAGCUCCGAGGCCACCGCAAGAUGCACCGCGGCCGCAUCGCAACGCCAGUCAGCACAUUAGUACACAUGACUGUUAGUGUUGAAAUAAACAGCAAAACCUA